GGCACUUCUGUCGCUAAGCAACCCCGGGACGCGGGACCACUGCACCGGCUGCUGCACUGCGGCACCGGAAGAGCGGAAUCAACGCAGCAGAAGAUUUGGGGACGCUGCAACGACUGGUGGUUCGUUAUCUAAACGUCAUUCACGGGCUUUUUCAAUCCCGUAUACAAUGCUGAUUGAAUGUCUUAUCCGUCCAUCAAAUUGUCGCCGGGAUGAUACUGCAGAGAAAGUGCAGUUAGUAGCUAGCAGCUAGCUAGGUAGUAGCAUUAGCAUUAGAAGUGGAUGACGGCUGCUGUACACCGAACGUCCUAUCAUCCGGACUACAGAAGAAUCAGGUGUCAUCAUUUAGUCAGUAAAAUGCAAGAUAACCGUACAGCCAACUAGAUACUACAAGUGUUUUAGAACUAUAAUACAAACGUAUCGUAUUUAGCUUAUAGUGCAGUGAUGUGCACUAUAGGUAGCUAGCUUGCUAGAAUAUGCUGCUGACAAAAAUGCCAUUAAAUUUGCGUUGGGCAGUUCUAUAGCCAAAGACAAAAGGGCAUUCCAAGGGAGGAGCAUCCAUCCUUGUUGCAAGAAGAUCAUCGAAGUAGCCAAAAGUAUGUGUGUACACUGUUCACAGCGUAUGCUAUUGACAGUCAGCUUUUCAAUGACAGUGACAAUGGUGGGACAAAGUAUGAGUAGCCUAUUCCAGAAUGUGGGUUAGAGAUGCUGUUGGAUGUCAAAGCUUUCUAUAAAUGCUCUGGUUAUUCUUAUGUAUCUAUGUCAAGUAGACAGUCUGUUACGAUUGUCGAUUGUAGCAACAGCAGCUUUCUGUGAGAAUGAAGUCACCCCCCCUUUUGUAUGAUGGUGUCAUCUCACUGAGUCUACCUUUAACAGAAUAAUGCUCUGAUCUCUCUCACCCUUCAGAUGUAAUAAUGUAUGAUAAUGUCAUAUCAACCUUGAACUCUUUCACCCUUACCUGCAGACAGACAUGAGUCGUUACUGCACCCUGAACAACAACAACGUUCCCCAUGACAACAACAUCCUAGUCCUGGACAUGGUGCUGAGCUGUCUCUGGGGCGUUCCACAGCCCAUCAACUGGGACAACGUGGCCAUGCUGGUCCCUGGCUUCACACCCAAGGAGGUAAGCUCUACAUGCACUACAAACUGGGACAAUAAACAUAUUGAUUGAUUGAAGCUAUAGUAGCUAACGGCUACAGUGCAACACCCUUUGUGGAUCGCCAACCCGGGUCUCCCAGUCUGUAGGCAAGCUUGCUAACCACUGCUCCCACUAAGGAGAGAUCAUAAAAGGCUAUUAGCCUGGUCCCAGAUCUGUCUGCGUUGUCUUACGAACUCCUAUGGACACUGAUUGGAGUGACGAUGACCAUAGGAGUUGAAAAGACAGCACAAACUGAUCUGGGACCAGGCUAGGUAGGUAGCCUCGAGGUAAGAGUGUUGAGCCAGUAACCGAAAGUUCGAAUCCCAGAGCCGACAAGGUGAAAAAUCUGUCGCUGUGCCCUUGAGCAAGGCACUUAACCCCAAUUGCUCCAGGGGCGCUGGAAAAUGGUGACCCUGGCCGUGACCUCACUCUCCACAUCUGUCUCAGGGGGAGUUUGGAUAUGCAAGAAACACAUUUCCAUUGCACUUGUACAAGUGUGUAACAUGAUAAAUAUAAGCGCCCACCAAUGUAUUAUGAGGUAAGCUAUACUAUAGUUUAGUUUAGUUUGGACUGGUGUUGAAUGUUGUGCAGGGGUCACUGGAACCAAGAUUAUGUGGUCCGAGUGUUGUUGUUGUCGUGGUAUAGUAGUGACAUGGUUGCCAUGGUUGCCAUGCCUACCUUCAGUGUGCGCAGAGGUUUGAGGAUCUGAAGAGCACGGGAGGGUUCCAUCACGUGGACGACCAAUGCAACGCGCUGACAGCAGGAGGCUCCUCCCCUGUGGACACCCUGUCCACCUACAUCAAAUCCACACUAUUGGACACCACGGGAGACGCGGGGGAGACGCGGACCAAUCAGAGCUCCAUCUCAGUGACGGGUGAGGCUGACUGGUUGAUGUGCUACUGCAUGUGUAGCGGUAGUGGUUCGGGGAACUAUGUCUGUGUGAUGAUGAUUAAGCCUGCCUAACAUAGGAGCUGCUGGGGGUAGUCCUGCCUAACAUAGGAGCUGCUGGGGGUAGUCCUGCCUAACAUAGGAGCUGCUGGGGGUAGUCCUGCCUAACAUAGGAGCUGCUGGGGGUAGUCCUGCCUAACAUACAGUGAGGGGAAAAAGUAUUUGAUCCCCUGCUGAUUUUGUACGUUUGCCCACUGACAAAGACAUGAUCAGUCUAUAAUUUGAAUGGUAGGUUUAUUUGAACAAUGAGAGACAGAAUAACAACAAAAAAAUCCAGAAAAACGCAUGUCAAAAUUUUUAUAAAUUGAUUUGCAAUUUAAUGAGGGAAAUAAGUAUUUGACCCCUCUGCAAAACAUGACUUAGUACUUGGUGGCAAAACCCUUGUUGGCAAUCACAGAGGUCAGACGUUUCUUGUAGUUGGCCACCAGGUUUGCACACAUCUCAGGAGGGAUUUUGUCUCACUCCUCUUUGCAGAUAUUUUCCUAGUCAUUAAGGUUUCGAGGCUGACGUUUGGCAACUCGAACCUUCAGCUCCCUCCACAGAUUUUCUAUGGGAUUAAGGUCUGGAGACUGGCUAGGGCACUCCAGGACCUUAAUGUGCUUCUUCUUGAGCCACUCCUUUGUUGCCUUGGCCGUGUGUUUUGGGUCAUUGUCAUGCUGGGAUACCCAUCCACGACCCAUUUUCAAUGCCCUGGCUGAGGGAAGGGGGUUCUCACCCAAGAUUUGACGGUACAUGGCCCCGUCCAUCGUCCCUUUGAUGCGGUGAAGUUGUCCUGUCCCCUUAGCAGAAAAACACCCUCAAAGCAUAAUGUUUCCACCUCCAUGUUUGACGGUGGGGAUGGUGUUAAUAAUAAUAAUAAUAAUAAUAAUAAUAAUAUGCCAUUUAGCAGACGCUUUUAUCCAAAGCGACUUACAGUCAUGCGUGCAUACAUUAUAUAUAUUUUUUUGUGUAUGGGUGGUCCCGGGGAUCGAACCCACUACCUUGGCGUUACAAGCACCGUGCUCUACCAGGGUCAUAGGCAGCAUUCCUCCUCCUCCAAACACGGCGAGUUGAGUUGAUGCCAAAGAGCUCAAUUUUGGUCUCAUCUGACCACAACACUUUCACCCAGUUCUCCUCUGAAUCAUUCAGAUGUUCAUUGGCAAACUUCAGACAGACCUGUAUAUGUGCUUUCUUGAGCAGGGGGACCUUGCGGGCGCUGCAGGAUUUCAGGUCCUUCACGGCAUAGUGUGUUACCAAUUGUUUUCUUGGUGACUAUGGUCCCAGCUGCCUUGAGAUCAUUGACAAGAUCCUCCCGUGUAGUUCUGGGCUGAUUCCUCACCGUUCUCAUGAUCAUUGCAACUCCACGAGGUGAGAUCUUGCAUGGAGCCCCAGGCCGAGGGAGAUUGACAGUUAUUUUGUGUUUCUUCCAUUUGCGAAUAAUCACACCAACUGUUGUCACCUUCUCACCAAGCUGCUUGGUGAUGGUCUUGUAGCCCAUUCCAGCCUUGUGUAGGUCUACAAUCUUGUCCCUGACAUCCUUGGAGAGCUCUUUGGUCUUGGCCAUGGUGGAGAGUUUGGAAUCUGAUUGAUUGCUUCUGUGGACAGGUGUCUUUUAUACAGGUAACAAACUGAGAUUAGGAGCACUCCCUUUAAGAGUGUGCUCCUAAUCUCAGCUCGUUACCUGUAUAAAAGACACCUGGGAGCCAGAAAUCUUUCUGAUUGACAGGGGGUCAAAUACUUAUUUCCCUCAUUAAAAUGCAAAUCAAUUUAUAACAUUUUUGACAUGUGUUUUUCUGGAUUUUUUUGUUGUUAUUCUGUCUCUCACUGUUCAAAUAAACCUACCAUUAAAAUUAAAGACUGAUAAUUUCUUUGUCAGUGGGCAAACGUACAAAAUCAGCAGGGGAUCAAAUACUAUUUUCCCCUCACUGUAGGAGCUGCUGGGGGUAGUCCUGCCUAACAUAGGAGCUGCUGGGGGUAGUCCUGCCUAACAUAGGAGCUGCUGGGGGUAGUCCUGCCUAACAUAGGAGCUGCUGGGGGUAGUCCUGCCUAACAUAGGAGCUGCUGGGGGUAGUCCUGCCUAACAUAGGAGCUGCUGGGGGUAGUCCUGCCUAACAUAGGAGCUGCUGGGGCGUCCCAAAUGCAGUACGUUUUUUACCUGCUACACUGAACACACGUAGCUUUGCCAGCGUGAUCCGAGUGCGAGCUAUUUUAUCCUAGUGUUCUGGGCUUGAGCCGCAAGUGGAAAUCUUGGAAAUAGAACCAGACUUCCAUUUAAAUGAAUAGGAGCGUCUCACACCCAGCAAAAAAUCGAAUCAAUUGUCAUUUGUCACAUGCCGCUGAAUACAACCGGUGUACACUUUACCGUGAAAUGCUUACCGACGAACCCUUUCCAGAGUAGCAGCAGUGUAUGUGGAGAGUGCGUGUGUGUGGGUAGAGUCCAGUGAGUGUGCAUAAAGCCAGUGUAAGAGAGUCAGUGCAAAAAAGGGUAAAUGUAAAUAGUCCGGGUAGCCAUUUGAUUAAUUGUUCAGCAGUCUUAUGGUUUGGGGGUAGAAGCUGUUCGGGUGCCUUUUGGUCCCAGAUUUGGUGCUCCGGUACCACUUGCCAUGCGGUAGCAGAGUGAACAGUCUAUGGCUCGGGUGGCUGGGGUAUAGAUGUCCUGGACGGCAGGGAGCUCAGCCCCAGUGAUGUACUGGGCCGCCCGCACCACCCUCUGUAGCGCCUUGUGAUCGAGGGCGGUGCAGUUGCCAUACCAAGCGGUGACGCAGCAAGUCAAGAUGCUAAAGUUCUGCGUCCAAUGUAGCAGGCAGUAAGACCUGAAGACUCUUCAUGUCUGAAUGUCUAGGCUUUAGCUCAGUGAGCUACACAGUCUUGUUUGGUGUCUCCACUCUCCAGGCCUGGCGGUGAACCCUUCAAGAGGUAGCUCGGUGGAGAAAGAGAGCAGGGACUCUGCAGAGGAGGGAGAGAAGCCCCAGGAGGGGAAAGGGUGAGUGACACACAUGCUGAUUUGCCUGGUCUAACUACCGUCAAACAGAAAUACACUGUUAACCAGUCCAGCUCAAGUCAAGGUGAUCAAAGAGUUUCAUAGAGCAGGAUCAAGAACUUAGUCUGCUAACAAAUGCUCAUAUGUACUAUGAUACAAAAAUCAAGUUAUCUCGCUGUCUCUGUCUCUGUGUGUGUGUCUGCUUGCCUGUCUGCCUGUCUGUAUCUCUCUCCCCCAUGCAGGCCCAAUAUGGUGAUCCACGUGUGUGACGAGUCUAAGAACCUGAAGCAGGACUUCAUGUGUCCCCGUGACCUUCUGAUCAACGAGAUGCGUUACUUUGCUGAGUACCUCUCUGUUGACCCCCAGCGCUGGGAGGAGGUGGACAUCUCUGUGCACUGUGACGUACAGAUCUUCGACUGGCUCAUGAACUACGUCAAGAGGCACAAAAUGGCCGUUGAUGGCAACAAUGACAAACCCAAGCUCGGUAAAUAAUUUAAUAUAUGCUCUCGCACCAUAUGACUGUACAGUAGCUACAUACACUGAUGCCUGUACAGUACUAAACCAUUCACUUACCUGGGCGUGUCAAAUGAUAACCAUGGAGACGGCAUUGCUGUGAUUUGAUCACUAAUAGUGGUGUGCUUGUUGGUUGGCCUGGCAGUGUGUUUGGUCGGUAUGUGGUGUUUGUUGGUUGUGUGGUAACAUUGGUUGGUUAUGUGGUGUUUGUUGGUUGUAUGGUAACAUUGGUUGGUUAUGUGGUGUUUGUCGGUUGUGUGGUUACAGAGCCCAGCAAUGUGAUCUCAAUCCUCAUCUCCUCCGAGUUCUUGAAGAUGGACAUGUUAGUAAGUGUUGUAAUGGCGUGAGCUGGGUUGCUAUGCCGGUUGCAAUGUACUGUACGUGAAGCGUUUUCGGGGGGCCCUGGUUUUCUGUUGUAGCUGAAGAACAAACGCAAAGUGGCUGAACUGAAAAUAUUUUGGACAGAUUUUGGCGAGGAGUGAAACCUCUCGCUUCGCCUCUUCCUCUCUGCUACAGCACAUGAACCAGUACAUGAACCAGUACGUGAACCAGUACAUGAACCAGUACAUGAACCAGCAAGCUUUUGUUGGUCGUUGAGUAAAAUAGCCCUAGAGAAAAAAAACGGAAAACCAAUCAGCUAGUUAGGCGAAGAGGCUUCACUCUUCACUUUAGUCCAAAACAGAAAACGAGGGGCCUUUCGAACUGUUAACUUCCUGUUGCAUGGUUGCCAUUAGAGGUGUUUUUAGAAUUGUAACAUGUUACAUGACCUCCCAAGGCAUUGAACAAACUCAAUAGCCUGUUUAUGUUGACCUCUCAUAGGUGGAGGAGUGUAUUCUGUACUGUCACAUGUUGACCUCUCAUACAGUGGGGAGAACAAGUAUUUGAUACACUGCCGAUUUUGCAGGUUUUCCUACUUACAAAGCAUGUAGAGGUCUGUAAUUUUUAUCAUAGGUACACUUCAACUGUGAGAGACGGAAUCAAAAAUCCAGAAAAUCACAUUGUAUGAUUUUUAAGUAAUUCAUUUGCAUUUUAUUGCAUGACAUCAGAAAAGAAGAACUUAAUAUUUGGUACAGAAACCUUUGUUUGCAAUUACAGAGAUCAUACGUUUCCUGUAGGUCUUGACCAGGUUUGCACACACUGCAGCAGGGAUUUUGGCCCACUCCUCCAUACAGACCUUCUCCAGAUCCUUCAGGUUUCGGGGCUGUCGCCGGGCAAUACGGACUUUCAGCUCCCUCCAAAGAUUUUCUAUUGGGUUCAGGUCUGGAGACUGGCUAGGCCACUCCAGGACCUUGAGAUGCUUCUUACGGAGCCACUCCUCAGUUGCCCUGGCUGUGUGUUUCGGGUCGUUGUCAUGCUGGAAGACCCAGCCACAACCCAUCUUCAAUGCUCUUACUGAGGGAAGGAGGUUAUUGGCCAAGAUCUCGCAAUACAUGGCCCCAUCCAUCCUCCCCUCAAUACGGUGCAGUCGUCCUGUCCCCUUUGCAGAAAAGCAUCCCCAAAGAAUGAUGUUUCCACCUCCAUGCUUCACGGUUGGGAUGGUGUUCUUGGGGUUGUACUCAUCCUUCUUCUUCCUCCAAACACGGCGAGUGGAAUCUAGACCAAAAAGCUCUAUUUUUGUCUCAUCAGACCACAUGACCUUCUCCCAUUCCUCCUCUGGAUCAUCCAGAUGGUCAUUGGCAAACUUCAGACGGGCCUGGACAUGCGCUGGCUUGAGCAGGGGGACCUUGCGUGCGCUGCAGGAUUUUAAUCCAUGACGGCGUAGUGUGUUACUAAUGGUUUUCUUUGAGACUGUGGUCCCAGCUCUCUUCAUGUCAUUGACCAGGUCCUGCCGUGUAGUUCUGGGCUGAUCCCUCACCUUCCUCAUGAUCAUUGAUGCCCCACGAGGUGAGAUCUUGCAUGGAGCCCCAGACCGAGGGUGAUUGACCGUCAUCUUGAACUUCUUCCAUUUUCUAAUAAUUGCGCCAACAGUUGUUGCCUUCUCACCAAGCUGCUUGCCUAUUGUCCUGUAGCCCAUCCCAGCCUUGUGCAGGUCUACAAUUGUAUCCCUGAUGUCCUUACACAGCUCUCUGGUCUUGACAAUUGUGGAGAGGUUGGAGUCUGUUUGAUUGAGUGUGUGGACAGGUGUCUUUUAUACAGGUAACGAGUUCAAACAGGUGCAGUUAAUACAGGUAAUGAGUGGAGAACAUGAGGGCUUCUUAAAGAAAAACUAACAGGUCUGUGAGAGCCGGAAUUCUUACUGGUUGGUAGGUGAUCAAAUACUUAUGUCAUGCAAUAAAAUGCAAGUUAAUUACUUAAAAAUCAUACAAUGUGAUUUUCUGGAUUUUUGUUUUAGACUCUCACAGUUGAAGUGUACCUAUGAUAAAAAUUACAGACCUCUACAUUCUUUGAAAGUAGGAAAACCUGCAAAAUCGGCAGUGUAUCAAAUACUUGUUCAGUACUGUCACAUGUUGACCUCUCAUAGGUGGAGGAGUGUAUUCAGUACUGUCACAUGUUGACCUCUCAUAGGUGGAGGAGUGUAUUCAGUACUAUCACAUGUUGACCUCUCAUAGGUGGAGAAGUAUUCAGUACUGUCACAUGUUGACCUCUCAUAGGUGGAGGAGUGUAUUCAGUACUGUCACAAGCACAUGAGUGCCAUCGUGGCCACACCCUGCAACAUGAACUGCAUCAACAGUAACCUGGCAGCGCACAUCGCUGACCUCUUCAGCCACAACGAGGCAGACGACGUCAUGGACAGAAAAGACAAGUUCAAAAGGUAGGCCUAGAGAUUUUGGCAGGCCUGGUAGACCGAUCAUUCUGCUUCUGCCAACACCUUUGAUUUCUCCCUUUCUCAGUAAGUUAUUCCAGAAGAAGAUUGAGUGUCUCUUCGAUCCUGACUAUAAGAACCAGGACUCCCCAGGCAACGCAUCAACUCUGUACAGGUGUGUGGCAGCUCUGGGGUGCAUUGGUCUGUCUGUCAUUGGUCUUAUUCAUUUGGGCACACAACAGAAAACAUUUUGCAACAGAAAAAUGAAAAUGAGCAUUUCUUACUGGACAGUGUCGUGACGUGACUUUGCAUUAAUGUGAUUGCUGUUAUUUAUCAAAUCAAUUAACUAUGUUUAAUUGUUACUUGAUUAAAUUAAUCAUGUAACAAUUAACUCAUUAGGAAGUUGUGGCACCACGGAAGAAGUUGUUUAACGAGUUAAACUCUUAGAAGAUCUCCCGAAUUAAACUCUUAGAAGAUAUAUAUAUAUAUAUAUAUAUAUAUAUAUAUAUAUGUUAUAUAUCGAUAACAGUCACUUAUUAAAUCAUGACCUCAUCAGUCUCAUUCUGAAUAUCGCAUAAUCCUUGAACCUACAAGAAACCUAACCUUAUGGAUGAAUCAGCAAUACACAAAUUGGCUUAAUUAUUUAUUUACUAACUAACUAAAUAAUAACACAGAAUACAUAAACACACACACACACAGUAUAGAUUAUUGAUUACUAACGUAAUACAAUGAAAACAGGUCCCUAGUGGACUGGACUAACAAUAGCAUGACUGCUUGGUUAGGGGAAGGAGGGGUCAAGUGAAAGGGAGAGACAGAGAUUCAAUUUAUCGUUGUUACAUUUGGAAACACGCUCACAGUAAUCGUAAUACUUAGCACCCUAAACACCGCUCAUUCGGAUAAGAAAUGCAAUGCGUAUAUUUACACGUAGCUGUCCUUGAUCGUCGUCUCUCUGUUGAACCACUUUCUCAAAAAAAGGUUUUGAGUGUUUCAUCCCACUUCGGUGAGACUCGGCUUGUCUUCGAAUGGCGUGUCUGAGAUGGGAUUGUCGUUCCCAACUCGUGUCUUCAGUGAACGUUCUAGAUAACUUUACAUGCCAGCUGCAGACUGAGAUGAUACAGUCUAGUGAGUUUCUUCUUCUUCUUGUGUAGAGAUUGAGAGUUUCAGAGUUUCUCACCGUUUCCUGUACUUAGUGUCAACCAUUUGUAACGUUCAGUUUCCGCUGCACGUCGGCUGGUCCUGUAGAUGUUCAACCAUUUGUAACGUUCAGUUUCCGCUGCACGUCGGCUGGUCCUGUAGAUGUUCAACCAUUUGUAACGUGAGCUCGCGCUUCACGUCGGCUGGUCUUUCUGGUCUAACCAUUUUAAAGCCGUGUAGCCACAGCGGCUGGUCUUUCUGGUCUAACCAAUUUAAAGCCGUGUAGCCACAGCUCCACGCUUCCUGGUCUCUGAUUCACAGUUUCUAACCGUUCUAGACGUGCAGGUCUGUUGUUAAUUUGUCUUUCAAGCCCUCUUGGUAAAAGGGGCGUUCCUACUUGCUGACACGAUCUCUGAUGGCACUUGGGGUGUGGCUAGUCCCUGUGCAUAGUUUAUAUGAAAAACUAUUAUCUCAUUAAAGACUAAAAUCACAUUCCUAUCUUCACCAAAAUACUCUCAUACUUUAAUCAUAUAUUUUAUACAACAUUUAGAUGUAAACUUGACAGAUAAAGGGGGUAUCCUUCUUAAGUUACAGUAUUUGGUUCAUACAGUUUUUAAUAACAUCACAAAAUAAUAAACAAUAUGACAUGAUUAUUCUUUAGACCCCCACUGACCAUUCCAAACAUUCGGAUGUUAGGAUUAUUGUUCCAGUGUUUACUUUUUGGACGUUUAUAGUUUUGGCGGCAAAAGUCUCUGGAACAAAGAAAAUCUAAUUCUUCUCAUACUAGAGACCAAAAUGAGUCCUUUUCUGCAAACUAUUUAUGACCGGCUGUUAAGUGAUAAAACCAUCCCAACUCCUCCGUCUCCUCUCCUGUGGGAGAGAGGGGGGGGUCUGGCUAUCUGUCAGCCAUUUGCCAAGCUGAUCUGGCACCUUUGAUCCUCACCAAGGAGAGAGUCAUGACACUAGGUAGAUGCCUACCUGUUUCAGUCUGUUUUCUUCUGUUUGUGCCCAGUGAAUACGACUCUGUCGCAGCCGGCCACGACCGGGAGACCCAUGGGGCGGCGCACAAUUGGCCCAGCGUCGUCCAGGGUAGGGGAGGGAAUGGCCGGCAGGGAUGUAGCUCAGUUGAUAGAGCAUGGCGUUUGCAACGCCAGGGUUGUGGGUACGUUUCCCAGGGGGGGGCCAGUAUAAAAAAAAAAUAUAUAUAUAUAUAUAUAUAUAUAUAUAUAUAUAUAUAUAUAUUAUGUAUUCACUAACUGUAAGUCGCUCUGGAUAAGAGCGUCUGCUAAAUGACUAAAAUGUAAAUGUAAAAUAUGUUAACCUCUCCUAACCACCGAACUGCAACUUGUCUUUCCCAGGUGUGCUCUGUGCCUGAAGCUGCUGACCAAGGACACAGAGAGGAAGAUCUCCUGCAUCCCAGGGAAGAUCAACAUCGACCCUCGAGGAGACAUCACCUACACUCACAGCAGGUCCUGUACCACCCAGUUACACCUUGGUGGCGCUUACAACGCCACCUAGCGUUGGUUGUGGGUUCGAUUCCCUCUGUGGCCACCCAUACAGUGGGGGAAAAAAGUAUUUAGUCAGCCACCAAUUGUGCAAGUUCUCCCACUUAAAAAGAUGAGAGAGGCCUGUAAUUUUCAUCAUAGGUACACGUCAACUAUGACAGACAAAUUGAGAAUUUUAUUUCCAGAAAAUCACAUUGUAGGAUUUUUUAUGAAUUUAUUUGCAAAUUAUGGUGGAAAAUAAGUAUUUGGUCACCUACAAACAAGCAAGAUUUCUGGCUCUCACAGACCUGUAACUUAUUCUUUAAGAGGCUCCUCUGUCCUCGACUCGUUACCUGUAUUAAUGGCACCUGUUUGAACUUGUUAUCAGUAUAAAAGACACCUGUCCACAACCUCAAACAGUCACACUCCAAACUCCACUAUGGCCAUGACCAAAGAGCUGUCAAAGGACACCAGAAACAAAAUUGUAGACCUGCACCAGGCUGGGAAGACUGAAUCUGCAAUAGGUAAGCAGCUUGGUUUGAAGAAAUCAACUGUGGGAGCAAUUAUUAGAAAAUGGAAGACAUACAAGACCACUGAUAAUCUCCCUCGAUCUGGGGCUCCACGCAAGAUCUCACCCCGUGGGGUCAAAAUAAUCACAAGAACGGUGAGAAAAAAUCCCAGAACCACACGGGGGGGCCUAGUGAAUGACCUGCAGAGAGCUGGGACCAAAGUAACAAAGCCUACCAUCAGUAACACACUACGCCGCCAGGGACUCAAAUCCUGCAGUGCCAGACGUGUCCCCCUGCUUAAGCCAGUACAUGUCCAGGCCCGUCUGAAGUUUGCUAGAGUGCAUUUGGAUGAUCCAGAAGAGGAUUGGGAGAAUGUCAUAUGGUCAGAUGAAACCAAAAUAGAACUUUUUGGUAAAAACUCAACUCGUGUACCUACGAUGAAAAUUACAGGCCUGUCUCAUCUUUUUAAGUGGGAGAACUUGCACAAUUGGUGGCUGACUAAAUACUUUUUUUCCCCACUGUACGUAAAAUGUAUGCACGCAUGACUGUAAAGGGUCUAUCAGAGUACCAAACAUGGACUCGUACGCACAGCAAUGUUCUAGAAUAUUGCACCGUUGGGUUUCAUACUAUUCAAAUUCUCAGCGCAGCUCAAGCAAUUUCUCUAACUGUCAACACAUUCAAAUUAAUAGAGGACGUGUACCGGAAAGUCGUUGGUUGGGAAUUGUGGGGAGAUACGUGUUCGGGCUGUGCGUGCCCCGCGGAUGGUGGACUCAGAGCUGCGUAGCUAUGUUACAUUGGGAUGCCGGACCAACGUCUCUCAGCGUCUGUGGACUGUGAUUUACGGUUAAGUCGCUUUGGAUAAAAACGUCUGCUAUAUGGAAUAUAUUAUUAUUAUUAUUAUUAUUAUUAUUAUUAUAUUACUUAUUUCUGCUCUAUCAAGAUACAUCUUCACUGUUAUCCUAUGGAUGUUUAUAGUGAUAAAUGCUAAAGAAACCAUGUCAUUAUUAGGUAAAUAUAUUAUAGCUACAAUUUACCAUGUCAUUUCAAAGUAUAUCCCAGGUAGAAAGGGUACUUAGCAAUAAAGCACAGUAAAGCCUGAAUAUCCGUCUCCAAGGACCAGUAAGUAGCCUUGGCUUGUACGAGCCGGAACUGCUCAUAGGAGCAGGAGCCUAUCUCCUGUUUCUGUAGCGAGGCAGCGUGAUGUACCAGUACACCCCCUGGACAGGACACUAGUCUAUCUCAGGGCCUUACCCCCAAUCUAUCUCCUUAAUGCUGAGUGCCAAGCAGAACUCCCAACCUUCCAAUCUCAGGGCCUUACCCCCAAUCUAUCUCCUUAAUGCUGAGUGCCAAGCAGAACUCCCAACCUUCCAAUCUCAGGGUGGACACUCUAACCAUAAGGCCAGUGAGUUGGUUCCAAGGACCAGGCUGGACAAAAUUGUUUAGUGGCGGAACAGCUUCAAGAAACAUGAACAGAAUAAAGGACAGUCAUUUCUAUGACUACCACUGGACUGUAGGCAGAAGAGAUGGGAGGUCCAUGAUUACAUGUUCUAUGACUACCACUGGUCUGUAGACAGAAGAGAUGGGAGGUCCAUGAUUACAUGUUCUAUGACUACCACUGGUCUGUAGGCAGAAGAGAUGGGAGGUCCAUGAUUACAUGUUCUAUGACUACCACUGGUCUGUAGGCAGAAGAGAUGGGAGGUCCAUGAUUACAUGUUCUAUGACUACCACUGGUCUGUAGACAGAAGAGAUGGGAGGUCCAUGAUUACAUGUUCUAUGACUACCACUGGUCUGUAGGCAGAAGAGAUGGGAGGUCCAUGAUUACAUGUUCUAUGACUACCACUGGUCUGUAGACAGAGGAGAUGGGAGGUCCAUGAUUACAUGUUCUAUGACUACCACUGGUCUGUAGGCAGAAGAGAUGGGAGGUCCAUGAUUACAUGUUCUAUGACUACCACUGGUCUGUAGGCAGAAGAGAUGGGAGGUCCAUGAUUACAUGUUCUAUGACUACCACUGGUCUGUAGGCAGAAGAGAUGGGAGGUCCAUGAUUACAUGUUCUAUGACUACCACUGGACUGUAGACAGAAGAGAUGGGAGGUCCAUGAUUACAUGUUCUAUGACUACCACUGGUCUGUAGGCAGAAGAGAUGGGAGGUCCAUGAUUACAUGACAGGGCUGUAUGAGGAGCUGAAGUCCUGGGUGCUGGUCUACUGGAGGAUCUGGGGUACCGUCAACCACCUCACCUGCUCCCACUGCCAACAGGUAGGGGAAGCCCUAGUAACAUUGUGUAAUGACAAUGCAUUCAGAAUGAUUGUUUGUCAAUACCGUGUGUGUGUGUGUCCAGGCGUUUGUGUGUGCAGAGCUGUCCCACUGUCGGUAUCACCCAGAGGGUGUGUUGUACCCGGGCAUGGGGGCAGAGCAGGGCUGGCACGGGGCGGGCAUCUACCCCUGCUGCAACCAGAGGACGCUACGCUUUGACCCCACCGGCAUGCCCAAGGUAGGAAUACACACUCACUCACUCACACUUGGAGUUGUGAGGUGACCAUGUUUUGAAUAGUUUACACAUUUAACACACUUCACACUUGAAUCUUGUCAAAACCGUGUGUGUGUGUGUGUCUGUGUGUCUCAGGGCUGUAAGAUGCGGGACCACAUAGUGAAUGUGUCAGACAGUGGAGACUGUACUGGGGACCACCAGGUAAACUCAGCACAGACCAGACUACUCAACGACCUGCUACUACACAGAGAGACAGUGUGUGUACCCAGCACCCCCCCUCCAGAGACAGGGUAAGAGACAGUGUGUGUACCCAGCACACCCCCUCCAGAGACAGGGUAAGAGACAGUGUUGUACCCAGCACACCCCCCCCAGAGACAGGGUAAGAGACAGUGUGUGUACCCAGCACACCCCCUCCAGAGACAGGGUAAGAGACAGUGUUGUACCCAGCACCCCCCCUCCAGAGACAGGGUAAGAGACAGUGUUGUACCCAGCACACCCCCUCCAGAGACAGGGUAAGAGACAGUGUUGUACCCAGCACACCCCCUCCAGAGACAGGGUAAGAGACAGUGUGUGUACCCAGCACACCCCCUCCAGAGACAGGGUAAGAGACAGUGUUGUACCCAGCACACCCCCUCCAGAGACAGGGUAAGAGACAGUGUGUGUACCCAGCACACCCCCUCCAGAGACAGGGUAAGAGACAGUGUGUGUACCCAGCACACCCCCUCCAGAGACAGGGUAAGAGACAGUGAGUGUGUGUGUGCGUGCGUGCGUGGUGUGUUUUUGUGUCUUAUGAUAGGUUUUGCGUUUAAUGGUACUCCCCUGUUUCUCUCUCUCUCUCUCUCUGUGUCUGUGUGCCAGGCCUGUAGAGUCCCCCUCCAGUGGUUCGGAGAGGGGGGAGCGGGUACUGGACUGUGACAUCCUGGUAGAGCCGGGGUUUCUGGGACUUCAGAGAGCAGAGGGCACCACCGUGAGUCUACAACUAUUUAUUUAUUUAUCCAGGCAAGUCAAUUGAGAUCAAAUUCAUGUUCACAACUAGAAUGAAAAGUUUAAAGAAACUUUAGUGUUCUUGCUCAAACUUGUUAUUUACAAUGACGACCAGACAUCAUUGAUAUACCUAUCUGGCUACACAUUUGUCUACUAGCUACAUACUACAUAACAUCUGAUUUUAAACCUAACCUUAACCACACUGCUAACCCUAAUGCAUAAUCAAUCCUAACCUUAUAUUAAUUUUGUUAAAAUUAAUUGUUACGAUCUAGCCAAUUUUGACCUUGCUGCUGGCCCAUCUUCAGAAAUCACUCGGUUCUGCCUACAGGGCAAGAUUCAUGACAAUAAACGUUGACUUGCGCUUGAUUUGUGGAGUCAUCGAUAGGCCUAUAGUCUGAUUCAACCUAUUUCAAACAGAUACACUAUAGGCCUAGCUAACUCAACCUAUUUCUUUGCAGUUUUCCCUGUUGAAAAACUGGAGCCGGCAACUGGUAUGAUCAACUUCUAUUGUUUCCAGAUGUAAUUGUGCUGCAGUGUGUGUGUGUGUCCGUGUCUGUAUUGGUGUGUUUGUGUGUGUAUGAGGUGACAUGUUACAGUAGUGACACAGUAUACCUUAGUACCAACUGAACCAGCUGAAGGCUGAGGGUCCAGUCUGUUCGCGCUGUCAUUCCAACUCCUCAUGCUUAGUUCAUGAGCAAAUGGUGUAAGGUUAGACCCCAAACAGAUCUGGGACCAGGCUAUCUAAGCCCUGACAUGCCCUCCUUUGAUCCCCUGUGUCAGAGGCAGCAGACACUGCUGUCUGAGGAUGAGGAGUAUACCACGGGGUCAGAGGUCACUGAGGACGAGGUGGGGGAUGAAGAGGAGGCCACCAAGAAACAAGGUAGAGUAAUUAGGCUAUCUGAUUUGGUUUAUACUCUAAUUAAAAAACAAUAUGGCUGAGAGGGAUGAGGCAAAGGGAAUGGCAAAUGAGUCUGACAACACAGCAGACUGGCAAACAUACAGGCAACUGAGAAAUCACACAACUAAACUAAACAAAAAGAAGAAUCAACUAUACUAUGGAACAGAGAUAAAUGAUAUAAAGAAUGAUAGUAAAAAGCUCUGCAGUAUUUUAAAUGAAAUUCUAGGCGAAAAAGCUAACUCUGCUCCAUCUGUCAUUGAGGCAGAGGGCUUGUUCAUUUAAAAAACGUUGAUAUUGCCAACCACUUUAAUAGCUUUUUUAUUGACAAGAUUAGCAAAUUCAAACAACAAACGCUGAGCCUUCAUACAUAAUGGACCAAAUAAUGAAAGACGAGCACUGUAGUUUUGAGUUACACAAAGUGGGUGUGGAAGAGGUGAAAAAAUGGUUGCUAUCUAUAAAUAAGGACAAACCACCUGGUACCGACAACCUGGAUGGUAAAUUGCGGAGGUUGGUGGCGGAAUACAUUGUUACUCCUGUUGGCCACAUCUUCAAUUUAAGCCUAGAAGACGGUGUGUGCCCUCAGACAUGGAGGGAGGCAAAGGUCAUUCCGCUGCCCAAGAAUAGCAGAGCACCCUUUAAUGGUUCAAACAGCCGACCAAUCAGCAUGUUACAAGUGCUUAGCAAACUCUGAAAAAAAUAGUGUUUGAUCAAAUACAAAGUUAUUUUACAGAAAACUAAUAAACAACAGACUUUCAGCAGGCUUAUAGGGAAGGGUACUCAACAUGCUUGGCACUGACACAAAUGACUGAUGAUUGGCUGAAAGAAAUUGAUACUAAGAAGAUUGUGGAAGAUGCUCUGUUAGACUUUAGUGCAGCUUUGGAUGUCAUUGGUCAUAACCUAUUGCUGAAAAAAACGUAGGUGUUAUGGAUUUGCAUCCUCUGCCUUAUUAUGGAUUGAGAGUUACCUACAGUUGAAGUCGGAAGUUUACGUACACUUAGGUUGGAGUCAUUAAAAAUCAUUUUUCAACCACUCCACACAUUUCUUGUUAACAAACUAUAGUUUUGGCAAGUCGGUUAGGACCUCUACUUUGUGCAUGACACAAGUAAUUUUUUCCUUAUAAUUCACUAUAUCACAAUUCCAGUGGGUCAGAAGUUUACAUACACUAAGUUGACUGUGCCUUUAAACAGCUUGGAAAAUUCCAGAAAAUGAUGUCAUAGCCUAUCAGAAGGUUCUAAAGCCAAUUGACAUCAUUUGAGUCAAUUGGAGGUGUACCUGUGGAUGUAUUUCAAGGCCUACCUUCAAACUCAGUGCCUCUUUGCUUGACAUCAUGGGAAAAUCAAAAGAAAUCAGCCAAGACCUCAGAAAAGAAAUUGUAGACCUCCACAAGUCUGGUUCAUCCUUGGGAGCAAUUUCCAAAGCCUGAAGGUACCACGUUCACCUGUACAAACAAUAGUACGCAAGUAUAAACACCAUGGAACCACGCAGCCAUCAUACCGCUCAGGAAGGAGACGCGUUCUGUCUCCUAGAGAUGAACGUACUUUGGUGUGAAAAGUGCAAAUCAAUCCCAGAACAACAGCAAAGGACCUUGUGAAGAUGCUGGAGGAAACAGGUACAAAAGUAUCUAUAUCCACAGUAAAACGAGACCUAUAUCGACAUAACCUGAAAGGCCGCUCUGCAAGGAAGAAGCCACUGCUCCAAAACCGCCAUAGAAAAGCCAGACUAUGGUUUGCAACUGCACAUGGGGACAAAGAUCAUACUUUUUGGAGAAAUGUCCUCUGGUCUGAUGAAACAAAAAUAGAACUGUUUGGCCAUAAUGACCAUCGUUAUGUUUGGAGGAAAAAGGGGGCAGCUUGCAAGCCGAAGAACACCAUCCCAACCAUGAAGCACGGGGGUGGCAGCAUCAUGCUGUGGGGGUGCUUUGCUGCAGGAGGGACUGGUGCACUUCACAAAAUAGAUGGCAUCAUGAGGAAGGAAACUUAUGUGAAUAUAUUGAAGCAACAUUUCAAGACAUCAGUCAGGAAGUUAAAGCUUGGUCGCAAAUGGGUCUUCCAAAUGGACAAUGACCCCAAACAUACUUCCAAAGUUGUGGCAAAAUGGCUUAAGGACAACAAAGUCAAGGUAUUGGAGUGGCCAUCACAAAGCCCUGACCUCCAAUCCUAUAGAAAAUGUGUGGGCAGAACUGAAAAAGCAUGUACGAGCAAGGAGGCCUACAAACCUGACUCAGUUACACCAGCUCUGUCAGGAGGAAUGGGCCAAAAUUCACCCAACUUAUUGUGGGAAGCUUGUGGAAGGCUACCCGAAAUGUUUGACCCAAGUUAAACAAUUUUAAAGGCAAUGCUACCAAAUACUAAUUGAGUGUAUGUAAACAUCUGACCCACUGGGAAUGUGAUGAAAGAAAUAAAAGCUGAAAUAAAUCAUUCUCUCUACUAUUAUUCUGACAUUUCAUAUUGAAUUACCAAUAAUAUGAAAUUCACAUGACAGCAUCAUUUGGGAAAUCACUGUCAUGCAAACCAACUUAGAACAUUUGAAUAACUGCACUGCUAGUUAAGGAGCAUAACCUGGUGCACUAGCAGUGCAUCAAAAUGUCUUUGCUAAAUGAAGGGUUCAAUCGCAUCAUGGCGUAUAGCGCUUGUGAAUCUGCACCAAAUUUAGCCAGUCGUUGGUAAUGGAUGGUUGCUACAAAUGACGUUCAAAGUGCCCAGUUGGAAUGCAGGACAACACAAGCACUAGAUGGCCUCUUCACAGUCCCAUCUAGAACAGAGCGGGAACUACAGUUAAUAAGCAGACUACAGAACUCUGACCAGAUCGUAGAAUGUAAAACGUCAAAAGGAUAAAUCACUACUGCACAAGGACAGGGACAAUUUUUUACUAGAUUAAUUGUCAGGAUUUGAACCAGAGUUAUUAAAUGUGGAUUGGCUAGGUGUAAUGUAUAAUUCAUUGACUAAAUUCAGUUGAGUGUGGUGUUCCGCAGGGCAGCCGGCUAGGGACAUUGUUUUCCAUUUUUACUAAUGACCUUCCACUGCCCUUGAAUAAAGCCUGUGUGUCUAUGUACGCUGACGACUCAACAGUAUACACGUCGGCUGCAACAGUAAAAUAAAUAACUGACACCCUUAACAUAGAGCUCCAGGUAGUUUUAGAAUGGUUAACAAGCAAUAGGCUGGAGCUAAAUAUCAAAAAAAUGAAAAGCAUAAUUUUUGGGAUAAAUCACUUGCUCAAUGCUAAACCUAAUUUAGAUCUAUUAUUGAAUAAUGUGGCGAUUGAGCAAGUUAAGGAGACUAAACUGCUGGGUGUCACCCUAGCAAGCUGUCAUCAAAACAUAUAGACUCAAUGGUUGCUAAAAUAGGAAGAGGUCUGUCAAUGAUAUGGCGUUGCUCUGCCUUCUUGACAUCUGUCGACCAGAAAGGUCCUUUAGGCCCUAGUUUUGGUAUUGGAUGUGUUGAAGGUACCGAACUGUCUGUUCAAGCAGUUGGCACACAGUUCGCACACUUGUCGGUACAACACAGGACAUGCAACCAGAGGCCUCUUCACAGUCCCCAGGUCCAGGACAGAGGCUGGGAAACACACAGUAUUAAAUAGAGCCAUGACUACAUGGAAACUCUAUGCCACCCCAGGUAACUCAAGCUAGCAAUAAAACCAGAUUCAAAAAGCAGAUUAAAAAAAAACACCUUACUGCACAAAGGGGACUGUGAAGAGACACAGCCAUUUUAUUUAUCUUGUAUUGUAAUUUGCACUGUAUUAUACCUAGAUAUUGUGUGGAUGUACUGAUAUGUGGGCUAUGUGUGGCGUUGUAAAUGUAUGUAUUUCAGUCCUUGACUAAUAAUGUUCUGUACUAUGUAUUAUGUCAUGUUUCAUGUGGAACCCAGGAAGAGUAGCUGAUGCUUUUACAGCGGCUAAUGGGGAUCCUAAUAAAUACCAAAUGCCAAUUACCAAACAGGCUUUCAAACAAGGUAGAGUAGGGGACAAUCUCAAUUGCGUUUCCUUGAUUCCUCGUGUCCUCUCUCCUCGCCUUCUUCUGAAAACCCAUUGGAUGAGAAGGUCAGAGGGGAGGGACCUCUGACCUCGUCUAAUGGGUUUUGAGAAGGUGGUGAGGAAAGAGGACACGAGGAAUCAAGGAAACUCAAUUGAGAUUGUCCCUAUGUCAGAAGACCACACUGUAUGUUAUGAUGAAUCACCACUGUGUUUAUUGAAAUAAAUAAAUGAACAUAUCUAAAUGAAGAAGUAAGGUGUAGCGCACUACAGCCAGCAGAUGGCAGUACCUUAUGGGUGCAUGGGCUGGUCAUUGUGAAAUUGAAUUGGGGUUUGUAUACAUUUUGAAAUCUGUCUGCAGCUAUGAGCUAUCAGUUGUAAUUGAAUCAUGAAUGUAUGUGUACACUGCUUAUGGAUGUAACAACAUAUGGGUUUUCUAUGUGUUCAUUGUUAGCUGCUAAGAAGGCCAAGAAGUCGAGCAAACCUCUGAAGAGGCAGAUGUCCUCACCCAGUUUCCACCGCAAAGAGAAAGCAGUGGAGAAAGUGAGUGUACUUCUCUCGUUUAUACCUGAGACUUAAAUAAUUGCAAUUUUCGUACUUUUCCAAAUUCUGUUGGUUUCUUUACAGACACCUUCGAGGGACAACACUCCAUUCAGGUGAGGUCAACUUCAUCAACUACAUGCUUCUUCAUCUAUUUCACCAUUUAUGUAUCUAUGUUUUAAAUAGUUUGUGUUUCCAGAGUCAGUGCCCAGAAGAGUAAAUGGGACAGCUCUCGCUCCAUGCGCUACAACCAAGAUGCCCAAAGAGAGGAAGGUAACACAGGCAGGCCUCCGUUAACUUUGUGUGUGUGCAUGUGUUACGAUAGUUAUGUGCAUUAUAAUUGUCCUCCCCCUCCCUCCCUCUCUCUCCCCCUCCGUGUCCCCCAGACCAGCGGCGUAUGGUGGAGAUCAUUGGCCAUCUGACUAAGAUGAGGUUUGGAGAGCAGGACCAGAGCAAGUCCAAGGACACUAAAGAGGUGUGUAGUAGUGAGUUGAUUACACCUUUAUUUUUAGUAGGGGAUAAAACACUAGAAAGUUGAAACAUGAAACUUUCUUCAUUUACAUUGUGUAUAGUGUGGUUGUCACUGGUGAUUGUGGUUGUUCCAGCGUGCAGCAGGGAUCUACUCCAGGCUAGAGGCCCAGUUCAAGUCCUCCUCCCAGGCCAGCGGACGACAGAGUGGUCCUGAGAAAACCCUCAGGUACACACACACACAGGCACAUUGUCUCCCCCUACCCUCCUAUGUCUGUCUCCCCCUUUUCUGAAUUAGUUGUCCCCCCUUUCUGUCUUCUUUUAGAGUGAAGCCGCGCUUCAGUCAAGCUCGGCCCACAUAGAUGUUGGAAAGAGGAGAUGAAGGAAGAGAGAGGAGGAAGAGAGAGGAGGAAGAAGAGAGGGGGAGAGAGAGGAGGAUGGAGGGAGAGG